AUCCCGGGUGGCGAAGGUCCUGCCAACUUCGCGCCAGAGGGAGCGGACAGCCUGCGAGAGGCCAGGCAUGAUGAUGAACCAGUUAACGAGUAGAAAAGGCUCCUGGAAUUGGUUUCAUUGAAUUUGAGAUAUUUUACAUGGAUAUCUAUCCUAAAGAUAUGUUCUGACUAGGGCCUGGAACAAAGAUUAAGGUGAAAAAAAAUGGAAGAAGGUGGCUCAUAUAUUGACACCCUCAGAAGCGUGGCCCCUGCAGCCCAAGGCCGGGGAAUGAGAUACUCGGAAGCUUGGGAAUACUUUCACCUAACCUUAGCCCGCUCUGGUCUCCCUGCCAGUCAGUAUGCCACCUGUAGGCUAUGUGGAAAGCAAGUGAGCCGGGGUCCGGGCUUUAACGUUGGAACCACAGCUCUGUGGAAGCAUCUGAAGAGUAUGCAUAAGCAAGAACUGGAAAAGAGUGGGCACCGACAGACUGGCCCUCACCCAGAAGCACCUCCUUCUCUUCCACCCUCUUCACCCGGGGUAGAGGGUGACUGGGGGCGCCUGAUGGAACAGAUGGGAGCACUGGCUUUACGGGCCAGCCAGCGGGAAAGGGAACUGGAGAAAAGAGAGAAGGCAGUGGAGAGGAGAGAAAGAGUUCUAGAAUUGAGGAAAAGGGCCAUUGAAGAGGAGGAGAAGGAUUUAGCUGAGAAGAGGCAGGAGCUUCAGGCUGAAAAGGAAGGGCUGCAAGCUCGGCUCCUGGAAGUAUGCCAGAGAGAAAAUGCUUUGGCCCUGGCUACUGCCCCUCUGUCCACCCCCAUCAAAGAGGAACAAGAGGAUCAUGGGACAAUUAUUAAGACUUGGUAUGAGAUGUUACUCAGGUUUGGUUUCUUUCUCUCCUGCUGAAUCAGAGACUGGGACCUUUUCAUUUUGAGGGGACUUCAUUUUUCACAAGUAAGUCACCUUCAUUCUCUUGCUCGGUAAUCAUGCCUAUUUGCUUCCCUUUUGUUCCUUCUCCUCCUUCCCCCCCUUUUGUGAACUUUUCUGUCCUUGGCUUUAUCCUUACCUACUGUCUUUUUGGGUUAAGCUCAACUUUUGCAAGGAUGGAUUUAGCUGACAAUCUUGUCCUUCUUUUGGGCUCUUCACCU